AUGGCUCGCUCUUCCGGAUUGGUCGCUUUCGGUCUGCUUGCUCUCUUUCUUCUGACUGCUCCGUUUGCGAAUGCAUCAUGGCUGCCUGCGGACAGUCUUACAUGCGUCCCAGCAACAUCAACAGUGAUGGAGCGCAGUGAGGGGCGAAGCCGCUGUGCGUACGACAGCCAGCUUGGGUACCGCGCUGUUGGUGUCGGCUACAACCUCGAUGACAAGUCUGAUGAGCGCAUGCGCGAGAUCUCCACCGUUGUUGCUGACUUUGACAAGCUGUACCGUGGGGAGGAGUGUCUGAACGACGUGCAGAUCAACGCGCUGCUGGCGUUUGACGCGCGGCGCUACCUCAUCCGUGCCAAGGAGCGCAUUGAGAACUUCAACAGCUUCUGCUGCAACGUGCAGUCCAUCUUCGCUGAUAUCGCCUUCACUCAUGCCAAGACGCGUCUAGGUGCGCAGUUCAGUCCGGCGAUAGAGAGGGCGCAGAGCUCGCAGUACAAGGAGGCAGCAGAGGAGCUGAGGCGCUCCAAGUGGUGCCGCAAGCACGAGCAGGUGUGCCGGGCGGACACGCGGGCCAUGGAGGAGGGCUGCCCCACUGCUGCUGUCAGCAGCGCCCGCAAGGUGGGAGAGUCGUGGCUGCCUGCCAACAGUCUGACGUGCGUGCCGGCGACAACGACGGUGAUGGAGCGCAGUGAGGGGCGCAGCCGCUGUGCGUACGACAGCCGCCUUGGCUACCGUGCCAUUGGUGUCGGCUACAACCUCGAUGACAAGUCGGACGAGCGCAUGCGCGAGAUUGCCACCAUCCUCGCAGAUUACGACAAGCUGUACCGCGGGGAGGCAUGUCUGAAUGACCUGCAGAUCAACACGCUGCUGGCAUUUGAUGCCCGGCGCUACCUGCUGCGUGCCGGGGAGAGUGUGAAGGCCCUCGACAACUUCUGCUGCAAUGUCCAGGCUGUCUUUGCUGAUGUUGCCUUCACUCACGGCAAGAGUCGUCUGGGAGCUCAGUUCGACCCAACCAUUGAGAAGGCCUCCUCUUUCCAGUGGAGGGAGGCGGCAGAAGAGUUGAGGCAGUCCAAGUGGUGCCGCAAGAACAAGGAUGCCUGCACGGUGGAUACUCAGCAGCUGGAGGAGGGAUGUUCCUCUGUGGGUGAUAACGCGGUGUCUGCUUUUCUUGAUAGGCUUCGUGGCUACGUGUCCCUCGGGUGUCCCGUGUUGGACCAUUUUCUCAAGGGCGGCCUGCGAGCCUGCCAGGUGACGGAGCUUGUGGGAGAGGCGGCGAGCGGCAAGACCCAGCUAUGCUUGCAGCUGGCACUAGCAGUGCAAGCACCUGUGUCAACAACACCCUUUCAGGCACCCGCGCAACCGCUGCUCGCAUCCUCUGGUGCUCCUAACACGUCAGGAGGCAACGCCGACACGGCACGAGGUGCAGCACUGUACAUAUACACUGACGGCCGGUUCCCCACCAAACGACUUUUCCACCUCGCCAACAGCUCCCGUUUCCAGGACCUGCUUAAGCUAAAGACAAGUCAUAUCAGCAGCAGUAUUGGCGUGCCAGGUGAAUGUAAACCUGCAAUCAACAGCAUCUUGGGGGGAGGAGAGCGUGGCCAUCCAUGCGACCACGUGUUCAUCAAGGAGAUCCCAACCGUUCAAGAUCUAGUUCACUGUUUGGAAGGGGAGAUGCAUGUGGAGCUUGUGCGUGCCAGGGCCCAUCCCAUCCGCCUUCUCAUCAUCGACUCCAUCGCCUCGCUCUUCCGCUCGGAAUUCGACAACUCACGCGACGACAUGUGUCAGCGCACCACCAUGCUCUUCCGCAUAGCAUCUGCUCUCAAGCAUCUUGCAGAUCGGUACAAAAUCGCCGUGGUGGUGACCAACCAGGUCACAGCCUCCGUCGACAACCCACUUCCCAGUGUCACUCCAGCAGCAGCAGCAGCAGCAGCAGCAGCAGCAGCAGCAGCAGCAGCAGCAGCAGAAGUAGAAGAAGAUGGUCAAGCAAAAUCAGAUGCAGCAGCAUCAGCAGCUGUGGCGUAUUCUGGUCCGCAUCCUGACAUCCUCGCUGACUCGGAAAACUCGCAGAUUCUGUGGUCAUCAGGGCAGCCUGUAGUACCAGCCCUGGGCCUCGCCUGGUCCCACUGCAUCAACACACGCAUCCUCCUCUCCAGACGUACUCCUGCCACCUUCCUGUCCUACUCUUCAUUCCAGACACCCAGGCUCGGACAGCAGGCUUGGGAGGGUUGUAACCAGGCAGGUGGUGCCGCUUUGGGACGGAAUGUGGAGCGAAAGCUUGUUUUGGUGUUUUCACCGUACCUGCCUCCAGGUUGGGUGGACUUUACCCUGGGAUUGGAUGGAAUUGUUGGGGCUGGCGCCAUGGGAGGGAGGAAUGGGGUGGAUGGCGGCUUGACCUUGGUACCUGCAACAAGCUAUUCCAGUGGUGUGGAGUGGCAGCGACUACAACAUUCGCUACAGCGCCAGCAUCCGCCUGACCGACCCCGACACUCUAUGGUGUUCCAUGAAUGUCCCACACCCAUCCGUUCCUCCCUUGUGACCUUCUCCCUGCACCACCCACCCCUGAUUCUGGUUGGCAGGAGUGGUAGCGACUACAGCAUUCGCUACGGCGCCAGCAUCCGCCUGACCGCCCCCGGAGCUCCCCUCUCCAUCGCCAUCCGCACCGGCGCUGCCGGCUCGGCAGACAGCGGCGCCGCCCUUCUCGAGUUCUCCGCCACCGAAGCAGCGUGGGCCAACCUCACUUGGAACGGCACCCGCAUGGACUUUCGCGGUCGCAGGCACGCCGCCCCCGUUCCGAAAUACUUUGGGUUUUUCCGCCCGGGUGUUCCGUCCGGUUACGUGUAUGGGUUCUCUGGCGUCUGGUAUAAUGCCACGCAGUACAGUAACGCGGAUGGGCAGAGCUAUUUCGAGGUGGCGAAUCUGCUCUUGGCGAAUCCGAGUGGGUACUUUGGGAUUGUGAAGACUGACGCGUUUGCGGAUGGAGCUGCCCGCGGUCAGUUUGCAAAUUUCACCCGCCCGACCCCCGACACGUUUUGGCAGCGCAACUAG